AUGAGGUCAUUCAACCAGGUUUCAUCAGCCCCAGGCGGGGCAAGCAAAGGUGGUGGAGAAGAGCCCGGGAAGCUGCCGGAGCAGGCAGAGGAGGAAUCCCAGGUUUUGCACGGAACUGGCCACUGUAAGUGGUUCAACGUGCGAAUGGGAUUUGGAUUCAUCUCCAUGAUAAACCGAGAGGGAAGCCCCUUGGAUAUUCCAGUCGAUGUAUUUGUACACCAAAGCAAAUUAUUCAUGGAAGGAUUUAGAAGCCUAAAAGAAGGAGAACCAGUGGAGUUCACAUUUAAAAAAUCUUCCAAAGGCCUUGAAUCAAUACGGGUAACAGGACCUGGUGGGAGCCCCUGCUUAGGAAGUGAAAGAAGACCCAAAGGGAAGACACUACAAAAAAGAAAACCAAAGGGAGACAGAUGCUACAACUGUGGUGGCCUUGAUCAUCAUGCUAAGGAAUGUAGUCUACCUCCUCAGCCAAAGAAGUGCCAUUGCUGUCAGAGCAUCACGCACAUGGUGGCGAACUGCCCUCACAAAACUGUGGUGCAGCUGCCCGCCGGUUCUCAGGGAAGACAGGAAGCAGAGCCCCAGCCGUGCACCGCGUUCCCUCGAGAGGUGGGGGGGGGGCACGGCUAUCCGUCACCACCGUUUCCUCAGGAGGCGAGGUCCGAGGUCUCAGAGUGGCCAGGCAGGUCACCUGCAGAAGCUUCCUCCACAAAGUCACCUGCAGCACCAGAAGAUCAAAGCAAAAAGGGGCCUUCUGUGCAAAAAAGGAAAAAGACAUAA